CCAGUCACGGAGCCGAGGCCGCCAGCUCAGCGCAGCCGCAGCCCACGGUGGCACCAUGAGGGCCGUGCUCUGGGACCUGCUGCUGCUCUGCCUCUUCGCCCGCGCGCGCGGCGACUGCCGGGGGGACUGCCUGCACUGCGACCGCCAGCUCUACCGCGACUCCUUCGACGUCCUCAUCUGCAUCCUGGAGUGCGAGGGCCAGGCGGUGCCCAGGGCCACCUGGGAGCUGUGCGCCGCCGCCAGCCGAGCCGCGCUGCGGCCCCGCCGCCUCUCCGCCUGCGCCUGGCCCGGUGCGCCGCCGGCGGAACCCCUGCGGGCCGGCGGGGCCGAGCCGGGAGCCUUCCCGCGGGAGGAGGAGGAGGAGGAGCAGCAGGAGGACUUUUCCCGGCGGCCGGGAGAGGGCCGGGCGGCCAAGGGGGUGCAGAAGAGGUACGGGGGCUUCAUCGGGGUGCGCAAGUCGGCGCGGAAGUGGAACAACCAGAAGAGGUUUAGCGAGUUCCUGAAGCAGUACCUGGGCAUGGCGCCGCGCUCCACGUUCCGGCGCCGCUUCCCAGCCCGGCACAGGCAAAAUUAAAUUCCUGCUCCCGCCCGGCCGCUCCGUCCUCUCUGCCGGACCCCAAAGCGCUUCAGGCUCGAAAAAUAAAAACCUCCAAAAACCUCCAAAAAACCUCUUUGCUCUUCACCCUCUCCAAAUUCCACAUUUUCCCCCGGAGCCGACGAAAUUCCCGACGCGGGGAGGGGCCGGGAGGGAUCCGCGUGGAAACCGACGCCAAACGCGCGGAAAAAACGCGGAAUUUCGGCGGGAAAAUUCGGAUUUUUGGGUUAUGUUGGGUUUGGUUUUGACCAAAAAAAAUUUGGAUUUUUGGUCGACAUUGAGUCGGUUUCGGCCAAAAAAAAAAAUUGGAGUUUUGGUCGACAUUGAGUUGGUUUUGGCCAAAAAAAAUUUGG